AUUCUAUUUAUUUUAUUACAUGUCCUUUAAUAAUUAUUCAGCUUUAAAGCUUUCAAAUUGCUCUUUUAUUUUCUCUAAACUCAAAAUAACUUCGUUUUUACUUUUUAAUUCAUUAUUUAAUUAUUUUAUUUCUUCAAAUAAAUCCCCAUUUUAUUAAUAUUAUUAUUUUUUUCCUUAUUCCUAUUCCCUUUUUCCCCAUAAUUAACAUAGAUAAUUAUAAUCAAUUUCACCAGGAUUUAUAGGCUAAUUAAAUAUAUAUUAUUUUUCAUUAAAAAUAUGCUUUUGUAAAAAUUAGAUUAUAUUUUCUAAAUCUUUUUUUAAAAGUUUUUAUUCUUUGUAAUUUUUUAUGUAUUUUGCUUCAAGCUUUGAUAAUUUGGUACUUGUAACUUUUAUUUCUUUUAUUUUUUCCUUUAAUAAUAGAAUUAAACUUUCAUUACUUAUUUAAUCAUUUAUAAUAAUUUCGUUUUCAGCCAUUUUUUAAAUUUAUAUUUUUUUUUUAAAUUAUAUUAAAAUUUUAUAAUGA